CCAAAUCUAACCGUUUUGCCUGCUCAAGAAGAUUGAUAGCAUGAUGUGCGCGGCCAAACCACCCCACAACUCAUCACCAUGAGCUCCACCACUGAUCCCAAGAAACUUCACAUAGCCUUGUUUCCAUGGCUAGCCUUUGGUCACAUAAUACCAUUUCUUGAGGUUGCAAAGUGCAUAGCUCGAAGAGGGCAUAAGGUUUCCUUCAUCUCCACCCCAAGAAACAUCCAACGCCUCCCCAAAAUUCCUACAAACUUAACCCCUUUGAUAAAUUUAGUCCAACUCCCACUUCCACAGGUCGAAAACCUCCCAGAAAACGCAGAAGCCAGCAUGGAUGUCCCAUACCACAUUAUCCCAUACCUCAAGCUAGCACAUGAUGGACUUGAAGCUGGUAUUUCUGAAUUCCUAGAAUCUCAUACUCCAGAUUGGAUUAUUCAUGAUUAUUCCCCUCACUGGUUGCCCCCAAUAGCUACUAAGCUAGGCAUAUCACGAGCCUAUUUCAGCACCCUCAACGCUGCCACUGUAUGCUUCUUGGGGCCAACAGCACCUGAUGUAAAAGAUCGCUAUGCUCCUCGAACACGGCCAGAAGAUUUCACUGUCCCGCCCGAGUGGGUUCCUUUUCGUAAUUCCAAAUUGGCUUUUAAGCCUUUCGAAUCCAAGAAAAUUUUCGAGGCUACUGUACAAAACCCUUCUGGCUUUUCGGAUUCGUUACGCUUGGAGUUCACGACCAAAGAUUGUGAACUCUAUUUAGUUCGAAGUUGCAAAGAGAUCGAGGGUGAGUGGCUGGAUUUGGCUCAGGAUAUUCUUCCAGCACCUUUAGUGCUUCCGGUGGGGUUGUUGCCACCAAUAGUAGAGCAAUCUGAUGAAGACAAGGAGGAUAAGAGCUGGUCUAUAAUUGAUGACUGGUUGAACAAGCAAGAGAAGGGGACUGCUGUCUAUGUUGCGUUAGGAACUGAAGUGAAUCCAAGUCAAGAAGACUUCACAGAAUUGGCUCUGGGAUUGGAACUUUCUGGGUUGCCUUUCUUUUGGGUAUUGAGGAAAUUACCAAGUGGUUCAGGGGAUGGUAACUUGGAGAUCAAGCUACCAGAUGGCCUUGAAGAUCGAACCGAGGGACGGGGGCUUGUUUGGAGAACUUGGGCACCUCAGCCCAAAAUCUUGGCUCACAAGUCAAUUGGCGGUUUCUUGACUCACUGCGGUUGGAGUUCACUCAUAGAGGGACUCUAUUAUGGACAUCCUCUUAUGAUGUUUCCAUUCUUAUAUGACCAAGGGCUAAAUGCUAGGCUUUGGGACAAGAAGGUUGGAAUUGAGGUACCAAGAGACGAACAGAGUGGAUCGUUUACGAGGGAUUCGGUGGCCAACUCACUGAAAUUAGUUAUGGUGGAUAAGGAUGGGAUGGCUUAUAGGGAUGGGGCUAAGGAAUUUAGUGCAACAUUCAGAGACAGAGAGCUUCAAGAAAGAUACUUGGACACAUGCUUAGACUAUUUAGAAAAACACUAGCCUCAUGACCUUGCGAAACAACUGUUAUUAUUGAAAACAGAAAAAACGUGAAAACUUUGUUGCACCAACUUCUUCAACUUUUUUCUAUUAAUCUAUGUUAUUUGGUUUUUCGUUUUACCAUAA